UCACCUUAGUUCUCUGUUUUUUAUGUGCCACUUCAUCUUUAUGCAUAUCAUUGUACGUAAUAUAUUGGGGCUUAAGGGUAAAGUUAAAUUUGCAAUGGGAAAGAUGAAUAUAUUAAACUUGGUAAGAGCUCGGACCUUGUGCGUAUGAAUUGACAAGUUCAUCUUUCAUAAUAUGCUAGCAAUAGCAUUAUGCACAGGAGAAACUGACAAGCAGAAUACUAGUGCUAUAACGCUGCAGAAUCAUUGAAUAAUCUUUCAGCAAAGCAUGGAAAUCUGGGUUGGCUGUGGUCUCAUAAUGGAUCUGAUUUUGUCGUUUUACUGCCUGCUUUCUUGGCACAGCCUUUGGUUAUAGCUCUUUAUAUCAACUAUCGCUGGACAAGUAAUGCCUAGGCCUUAGUUUUGAGAGAUACUCUUGUUGAAAAGAAAACUCUGACUGUGAUGUCACUGCAGGGAGAGAAAGAUCUAAAUGGGCCCCCUGGUGCCGACGAGAUGAAUCCUUCCUCCGCUGGGAGUGAGAUGAAGCAUAUAGCUGGAGAGUUUGAAAGUGCUAAACUAGAGGCUAUGGCUAUCAAAUGAACGGUGCUUGGCCACAUUCUGCCCCGGCUGUGGUUAGGAUAGAAGUUCCUGUUGACAGUUUUACAGGGGUGAUGGAUUCCCCUCUAACUUGUUCUGGAGCAAAAGAUAAGAGAAUGUCUUUCAAUAGUGGGCCUGAUAACAUUAAACUUGAUGACGUGGGACCGGCCUCAUCUCCGUCAAGGGAUAUGGAUGCUCAAGAACUUGAGAGGACUUCAGAUGCAAAAGAGGCAGUAAAUAAAUAUGACGAGGAAAAGCUAGUAGAAAAUAAUUGUCAAGCAGAGGAAGACAAACAGUUAGCUGGAGGUCUUUGUGAGCUUCGUAGAGAACCUAAACAAGAUUUAGGCUCAGCUGGAGAACAGUCCACAUCUAGCAAAACAAUCACAACCCAACUUACAUUAUCUAGUCAAUGCACAAUGAUUCCGACUGGGGGGAAGUCGUCAUCCAAUUCAUCCAGUGGCAUGAUCCCAAAGAUAGCUUCUUAUGAUUACUCUACAUCUACUGAUGCUCUGAAUGAUAUUGCUGAUCUUAAGCAACCAGUGUCUUCUCAUUCCUUGGAUAAGGACCGAACUACAAAUGACAUUGUCAGUGAGAGGGAUGAACAUAGCCCAUCAAGAAGCAGGUCAAGGGAUCGUCCAAAAUCUUCUCUGAACUCUAUUUCAAAAGCAUCCACAAGCAAGCUUUUGCAUACAUCUGCUUCUAGGAGACUAGAGCCUGAUUCAAAAGAUAGGAUGAAACACUCGUCUUCUAAAGUGUCUCUAGCUCAUUCUUCUAAGACAACUGGUUCGUUGCAAAGUGAUCGAGGUUCAAACUCCCAGAGCAGGACAUCAGGUCUACCUUUGCGGGGUGAAAAAUUACAUCAGCCUUAUAGUAGUCGGUGUGCACCCAAAUCAAGCCACUCAUCAUCCAUGAAUCCUGCUGUCCCACCCUCUUUGAUAUCAACACUCACUGAUGAAGAGCUGGCUUUGCUUUUGCAUAAAGAACUCAAUAGUUCUCCUAGAGUGCCUCGUGUUCGUCAAGCUAGUAGCUUGCCGCAGUUAAGUUCUCCAACUGCAACGAGCUUGCUUAUGAAGCGUAGCGCAUCAGGCUCAGGAGUGAUUCAUUUUCUAGGAGGAAAGCUAAAGAUGCUUCCAAAGAUGGCCAUCAUCGUGCUCAUCAGCUAAAUGAUGAACCUGAAAAAAAAAAAGACAGACUUCUCUCGCCACCUGAUUCAAGGAGACAAGAUACUGCAUGUACUGCAGAUGUGCUGUCAAAGAGAACCAGUGGGGGAUCUUUGAGCAAAGCUCAGAAUGUUAAGAAGAACACAGCUGCAGCCUCCACCUCAACAGCCAACAGUGGUCGUUCUUCCUCUCCUGAUGUUAAUGACCUCAAUAAUGAGUCAUCCCUGAGAAAUUCUCCAAGGAAUAUCUCCGAUGAGGAAACAGGACCUACUGGCCUUUCUGUACGUCGCACACGCUAUCAGGUUCAGUUAGCUUCAUAUUUAUCUAUGAGUGUGUUUGUUCAGAUUUGCUAAAAGAUGAGUAACUUUGUCAACAUAUGUAGUAAAAAGUGUAGAAAAGGCAUGUUUGGUAAGGUUUCGUAAAAAUGAAUAGUUGCAGGAAAGACAUUUUUAUUUAUUUAUAUCUAGCAUUCAUUGGAUAAAGAUAUUUUUCUUAAAUAUAUUAGUUAUUAAUAGAAUGAUAGAUUGUUUGUUUAAUAUUGAAGAGGUUAAGGGUUCUUAAAUAUAUUCUAGGAAAUGACUAUUAUGACUACAAUUCUAAGAAUAUAUUCUUAAUCCAAAUUCCAAAGUGCCAAAGUUGAAGAUAAAUACUGAGUUCACUUUUAGAUAUCAAAGAUUUUAUAGGUUUAAGGGUUCGAAAACAUUAGAUUGAAAAGUAUUUUUGUCCUUUUUUUUUUUUUUACCUGAAGCUUUUUAUGAAGAAAAGGAAAACAUCCAUUUAUAUAUCAUCAAUUGUUUGAAGAAGGUAGUAAAUUAACUCGUGUAAUGCCUGGCCUAAUUAUCCUUCGUCUUUAUCUCCUUAUUUUGCAUAGGUCUAAUCAAUGAGAUCAUGAGCAAAGGCAAGCGCAUGACAUAUGAGGAACUCUGUAAUGCUGUUUUGCCGGUAUGUUUACUUGAAGCAGUUGUCUUUAUCUACUUGUUGGCGAUAAAGGGAGCAAAUUAUCUCUUAACAAAGUUUUGGUGAGUUUUUGCAGCAUUGGAAUAACUUGAGAAAGCACAACGGUGAACGAUAUGCAUAUUCUCGCCAUUCCCAGGCUGUUCUUGAUUGUCUCAGGAAUAGGCAUGAAUGGGCUCAGUUGGUGGAUCGGGGUCCCAAGGUAGGAAAUAAACUGGUCUGAAGUUGCAUUCCAUCAUGGUAAUGCAAUUUUAACUGUGAUUGUUGAAACUAUUUGUUAACCUAUACAGCCUCUUGGAAUCCUGAACCAUUACAUGCAAACAUGGGAUGGGUUAUUAGGGGUAUAGAUACUAGAUUGAAAAACAUGCUGUUCAAUUUGUUUUUAGAAAAGGUAGAAAACAAAGCCUAUCAUAUUUGGCAGCCUGCUGCUCUCAUGUACCAAUACGGAUGUAGUCCCCUUGAUUCCAUGAUGCAAGCAUCAUUCCUCGUGCUGCUGGUUAGGGUGUAUGUUUGUCCAUUUUCCUGGGGACCAAAGUUUAUAUGGGAGGUAGUUAAAUGGUCAACUGUCUGCUUCAGUUUGAUGUUCUUUUCCCCUAUUCGAGAUAAGUCAGAUUCUGGUUGAUGUUCUUUUUCCCUAUUCGACAAAAGUCAGAUUUUAGUCGAGGUUCUGGUUGAUAUUUUUUUUAUUUUUUUUUAUGGGCUCUGGUUGAUAUUUUCCCUAGUUCAGUUUAUAUAUGCUGUCCUUCUAGGUCAGAGGUUUUAGAAAAAGUAGAGCUAAUGUUGUAUGAGAUUGUAUAAGAAUGAGAAAAAAGUUAGUGAGAUGGUUUAUAGUAUGCUUAAUAAUAGAGAAAUGAGUGAUAUUGGGAAAUGGCUAUUACGAGUUAACUCUAAGGACGGCUUCUUGCAAAGUUGGAUCUGAAACUUUGUUACUCAAGUGGCUUUUAACAUUUUACAACUUGUGUAGUGGUUUAGGGUGAAAAAUAGUUGAGUAAGUUUGGAAGACUUGUGUUUUGUUUGAGUGGUAAAUCAAUUACUUUGUAAUCAGCUUUUUCUGAAGCUGAAACAAACACAUCCUCUGUUC